AUGAUAGAUUGAAAUCGUGCAAAAUGUCAUAACAUAGAAAAUUAGUCAAGCUGAAAUUCUUUAUUGUUUUUAGUUAUUUUAAUAAUAAGCUUGUGUAGUGUGUGAUAGUGCUUUGUAAUGUAAAUGGACGAAUACGUUUCGUUGGUGAACUUUUCUUCUACACGUCAACUCAUUACUCAAUAAUUUAUAGUGAAAAUAGUAUUGUUUACCAGACUUUUUAAAGGGUAAAAUUUUAAACAUAGCUAUUUAUAGCGAUAUUUCGUGGUCUAUAUUUAAUUGUCAAAUGUCAAUAUAGUUAAUGCAAUGACAAAAUAUUUAACAAGUGGUCAAAAUUAAAUUUUCCUUCUGAGUGAGAAUAAUCAACAAUCCACCAAAAUGACAACAUUUGAGAAUGAAGAGUUUGAUUUAAUGAAAGAUUCGAAAUAUCGAAUGUAUGUAGCUGCAGUAGAUAAAGCACUUAAAAAUUUUGAAUACACAUCAGAAUGGGCUGAUCUAAUAGCAGCUUUGACAAAACUAAAUAAGGUCUUAUCAAGUUAUACAACAAAAUAUUCAGUAAUACCAAGAAGAAUAAAAAUUAGCAAAAGGUUAGCACAAUGCAUGCACCCAGCCCUUCCAUCAGGAGUACACUUGCGGGCUUUGGAAACAUAUGAUUUAAUUUUUCAAAGCAUGGGACCAGACAAAUUAUCUAGAGAAUUGUUUAUUUACAGUGCUGGAUUGUUUCCGUUAAUGGGACAUGCGGCAAUGAACAUAAGACCAACAUUAUUAAAAAUAUACGAGACUCAUUUUGUCUCAAUAAAAGAGAAACUUAGGCCUGCCUUAGCUGGUUUUCUUAGCGGUAUUUUACCAGGUCUAGAUACAGGCUCAGAUCACUACGAUAGAACGACAGUAUUAUUAGAAAAUGUAUGUGAAGGGGUUGGUCCCGCGUACUUUUACACAUGUAUUUGGCAAUGUGUUGCAAACAAUAGUCCCGUUAGGUUACCAGCUAUUAGUUAUAUUUUGGCUCAUUACAAUCGAAAAUUUUCAAUGGAAGACCAGUUACAUCUAAUAGGACAAGAUGUGGGAUUGAUGGUCAGCGGUUUGUGCGCUGCAGUUCAAGAUACAAGCGUUUUGGUACAACGUUCCGCUCUAGACUUAUUAAUGGUGUGUUUUCCCAUGAAAACCAAACAGCUGUUGUACGCAGAUAUGGUACAAUUAGUUACUGCCGCACUGUACACCAUUUUGAGACGUGACAUGUCUUUAAACAGGCGCUUAUAUUCAUGGCUUUUAGAAACAGAUCCAAAUAACCCUGUUCCUUCAGAACUGGAAACGGAGCCACAAGCAGCUGAAAGCGUUGCUUAUGAUUUGUUAAUAGACUCUAUUAGAAACAUUCUGCAAAAGUGUUGUACCGAAUUGCCGUUGGAUAUCAAACCUUAUAGAUUACUGACGACGCUUUUCGAUAAACCCCAAAUCGGUCCUGUUAUUUUGGAUAACAUCUUAUACGACGUCUUCCGAACAAUGUACUUAUCUUGCCUAUACCAACAGAAGCAUAAAAACAGUCCUAGUAGAUGCGUGUCCUUUAACGGAGACUUAAAAAGUCUCAAGCCUGAGGACAAUACGUUAAACAAAGUUUUUGUGGCGAAAAAUUGCCAAGAAUUAGUAAAAAAUGCUAACGUUCUUUUCAACACCCUGCAAAGUUAUUACAUUUGGUUGUAUAUAGAGAAGUUGUAUGAAGAUUCUGUGAAAACAAUUAAAACUUACAAAUACCGAGAUAGAUGUCAAGUAAACGAGAUUGGAAGUGGACCUCCACAUAUUUUAGAAAUAUGCAUUUUAACAGACUUUCUCCUGGAUGUAAUACCAGUAGAGAAUUACACUAAAAGCACAUCUAACAUUCUACCGAAUUUAUUUACUAAAAUAAUAUCAACUUUAAGAUCAAACAUCAAAGAAGUCAACCAAUACGAGAUUACACAGAGUUUACAACUGUGCUUGAAAAUUUUAACUAAGAUCCAACCAAUUUCUCUAGCAGACAUUCCAUCAGACAGUGCCGAAACCAAAAGUAUAUCUCUUCCACCAGAACACUUGCAAAAUAGUUUGGAUGGUUCGACUGUUGAGGAAAAAUCCGAAGAUGAUAACAGGACAUUAGAAAAAAGCAAGUCUGAUUCAAAAAUUAACGAAAACCUCGAGAAGAACGAACUAACAAUCGACGAUAACAGCCGGGAGAGGUCGUACAGCAAUCAAAUGCUUAAGAAUUUGAGAAAAGAAAAAACCAGCCCUAAAAUUGAAAAAAAGGCCAAAAAUAAAAAAUCGAAGUCCAGCUCGAAACUUUACGACUUGAAGAAAGAGGAUCAAAGUGAACUGACGGAGACAGCUAUUCCCGAAAGCAAAAUCCAGGAUAUUGUGGAGACGCCACUAAAAAUGGCUCAAAUCGAAAACAAGUAUUUCAUAAAAUGUCUCGAGGAAUACAAGAAUUUCUAUGUGGAUUUCAUCAAAUCUAAAGUAUUACCUAAAGUUGACGUGCACGAGUUUUUCAAGAAAUUCUUGUCUGAAAAGAACGAGGACACGAAAAAAUUGGAAAAAUUAUUGGAUAAACGCCUAAACAACUGUUUAGAUAUAAAAUUCACAGUUAUGCAAUACGUUCCGAGGAAACCAGAAUUUUCCAUGGCUAAUAUUUCGUCUGAAGAUAGCGUCUGCGACUACGAAUCGUCAAUGACCAUCGCUUCUAACAUCCUUUUGGAAUUCUCUGCGUUUCCCAAUUUGUUGCAAGCUUCUAAGGAAAAACGUUUGCCAAUGUGGCUGAUUACGUUGAUUGUUGCAUCUUGUUGCAAGGAGUCAUCCAGAGAUGUACAAAUAACAGCGAUGAACACGCUUUUAGAAAUAUUUAGUUUGGCGAAGAACCAGAAUUAUCAAAAAAGUACUAACUGCACUAUUAAUAUUACAGGAUUUUUAGAAAAUGAACAUGUGGUUUAUAUUGAAGAGAACACAACUAUAAUAGAGGAAAUGUCGCAGAUAUUGUGGAAUUAUAUAGGAAUACUAACAAAUCAAACACAAUUACUUUUAUGCGUGACUUUGUUAUAUCAAAUACAUAAUACCUUCGACAGCAAAUUGUUUGUAGAACAAGUAAUAAGUCAAUAUUUAUCUAGUGACAAUAUAUCAGUUGGAUACGUAAAACAAUUUCUCUUAUUAUGGCAUCUAGGAAGGGACUUAAACAUAAAAUUAUCACCACACAAGUCACAUAUACGUAAUUUUGAUAGAUCACUUUUAAAUAUACUAGAUAAUCUGCAAAAUAAAGAGAAACCCAAUUUACAGCUUUUGGCUGAAUCAUUUUUAACUCAUAGCCUUUAUCACAAUGACAUCGCUCGAAUAAUAAACCCUAUUUUAAGUAAAUUACUGGCUGCAAACACGGCCCGAAUAUCAAUAAAAUAUGUUAACAUUCACCACUCGGAGACUCAGGGAGAAAAUAAUAUUAAAAAUGACGACAAGACAGAAGACAAACAAUCAAAAAAAAUUAUUGCAGUCAGUAACAUCAACGGUAACAUAAUGUAUCAUGUAACAGAUGGACCAAGUCCUAAACCGCCCAAGAAAAAAUGGUUUGGCUUUCCUAAAUCGGCCAAAAAAUUUUCGCCCAGCGUUGUCGAAACGACCACAAGUUUUACGGAAGACUCAAGUAUUAUUACAAGGAAAAAUAAGGAUUUCAAAAAUAUUAGUGUGUCACCUAAACUUGAAAAAAGCUCUAAAGGUGUUAAGGUGAUCAUCAACCCCCUAAGUUCCAAGGAGAUUUAUCCUAAUGGCCUGGACGGUUCCUAUUCACGAUUAAGUUCACAGCAUUCGUCAACUGAAAGUUUAACUUCCAGUAAUGACUGCACACCCCUUAGUAGUGAAGAACCGCUUUUGAGAUCAUUACCGUCUGAUAUAUGUAAUGGAGAUCGAGAUCCUGCGUACGAUUCCAUAAAAUCCAACGCAAAAACCCUAUGGGAAUCUAUGGAGCCCAUUUCAGAAGGUAUUAAGACCGAGAAAGUCAACGGUUCACUCAACAAAAUACCAAAAUCGCAUAGUUUCGACGAAAAAUCUUGCCAGACUAAAGACGAAAAUUUGGAAAGUACUUUGGUACACAGUUGGUCUUAUUGUAUAUCCGACUCGGAUAACCUUAACGGGGAAUUGGAGAUCAGUCGUAGUGCCGAGGAAUUUUUCAAGGGUGACAACAGUGUGGUCAACGAGAUUCUCAACGAAAUAAUUAGCAAGGUUUGCGCUGAAGUGGAUGAAGGCGACGAGGUUGAUGUUCCCUUCCGCAAUCUCAAUAGGCCCACCGAUUUAGAUCUGAAAUCGAAAACCAAUUCACACAUAUCCAACAAAUUGUACCCCAUUCACAGUCACAUAUGUUUGUACUAUGAUAAAUUCGACUCGAAUCAAAUUAUAUAUGCUCUGAUCACUCUGAAAAAUUGUAUUCUUGCUAAUCCGCAGUUGUUUAUAAAGUGUUUAUCUACCAGUGGCAUCAAAAAUUUGAAGAACAACGAUAUUUUACAUUUACUUGCUAGACAUCAUAAGUAUUUUAAAGGUGGUGGAUAUUAUGGUGACUUGGACCAAGAUUACGUGAACCAAUAUCGUGGAUACAUGUUUUUGGAUGUUAUCAUACACAUUUGUUUGAAUUACGCCAGAUCCUUCUUUGCUAUUAUAGUUGAACCUGAAGAAAUUUUCAAUAACUUAAAAAUUCAGUUGGAAAGUCUGGACAUUUUGGACAUAAUCAUUAGUAAUCUGGCGAAAAUGGUUGACGACAAUUCCAAAGGAUUCUCCAGUUACAUUGCUGAUUUGAUGGUGAAGUGCAAUAUGAGGGAAAUAUUAUUACACUGUAUGUUGACGUCAGUGCGAGACUUUGAUAAAGAUAUGACAUUUGCCGAGGAAGUAUUGUUGUGGAAUCAUUUUCAACUCUCUGGGUCUAAUAACAGAAUUGGCGAACAUAUGGAAGCAUUUCAAAUUCAAAUUUUAAAAGUAAUAAAGUCAUUAAUUAUCCUGGAACAUUCGGUAACGUCGCAAAAAGCGGUAGUUUCCAACGGUGAUCAAGCAAGUGUUGCCGGUGACCAACUCAACUACGCCCCACACGACCUAAUCCCACAACAGAAAAUUUUUCUAUCAUCGAUCCGUAGUGCCCUCCAAAAUUCUAAUAUCAAAUGCCUUCACGAAAAGUGGCUGAAUAUGAUAUCAUCAUGUCUUCCAUACUUCGGCGAAAGCCUCACCCAAUUGUCAAUCACUGUUAUUCACCUGAUUUGCAACAAUAUUGAACAAAUCGCCCAAAAUUACGGAAAAUCGAUUAUCGAAGACGAACUGUGCGCAGACUAUGCGGUGACCCAGCUAGAAUCUCUAACUAUAUUAUGCCACUAUUGCCUCCUAGAUUCGUCGCAAACGGUGAACCAAAACGUACCAGUAAAUGCGACUACCCCGGUAUCCAACCCUGGCGAAAUAUUUAACAAUCUUGUUAACGUAUUUUUUUCUCCCCUCAGCGUUGACGCAAACUUUUCGACCAAGCAAAACAGUGAUCAUUAUCAGGCAGCACGUAAAAAGAUCUUAAGUCACAUGCCCCGUAUUAUAUUGAGUGUUGCUAAACUUUGGCAAACAGUUGUCAGUCUAGAAGGCGAAUUUAACGGAAUUUAUGGCAAUUCUAAGUUUGUCAAACAGCAACUGCUCGAAUUCCUAAGCCCCAUUUCAGUCAAUCAUGGCGCCAGUUUCGUAGCGGCCAUUGCGGUAGCGUGGCACGAACGGAGGAACCCUUUCUCCGGCGUGAAAACCGUCCUGCCAGAGCCGAAUGCCGGACAAAACAACUUAGUCUAUUUAAUUUCGGCCAUAAGAGUCAUUCCAUUGGACAAUUUAGUACAAACAGUAACUUCUGUGAUAAAAAACCCUCCUCAAACUGAAGAUUGCAUAACCGAUAUUAGCUUGGACGUUUCAGUUUUGGAAUUAUUUUACUGUUACAUGCGUAAAGCUUCGGCAACCCAACUUUCCGAGGCCUGGAGUUCAUUGCUGGCACUUAUAAGAGAAGGGUGUUCGUUGUCACCGCCUGCGCAGUUCUUGUUGUCGGCUUUGCUGCAUGAACUAAUGAUAAAAUGCUGUCCCUUAGAAGAAAGGAAAGAUCAAAAGGACCUGCAAGACGUAACGGCCAAGCUUAUUGAAUGCGUGUCUCAAGUCUGCGGCUCGUGCUUGGAGCAGACAACUUGGCUGCGUAGAAACUUAGCUGUGAAGGAACAAGAAGAUGAAUCUGCCCUCGAAGCCAGUAUUAUUAGCGGUUCCUCUAAUGAUAUUGCUUUCGUUAAUAACUACAGUGUUCAAGCACAGCUGGUUCUGUCGGAAAUAUUGGCCCCCAUUUUGGACAUUUGCUUUGGAUCAUCGGAAAAGGACAAAGUCAACACUAUCCUUACAUCUCUCAUGUAUAAUAUUGUUCCUUAUUUGAAGAACCACACUGUUCGUAACAUGCCGAGCUUUUAUGCUUGCUCUAAGCUUUUAGCAAGUCUUAGUAGCUACCAGUACACGAGGAAAGCGUGGAAAAAGGAUAUCUUCGAUCUCCUUUUAGAUAACUCUCUAUUUCAAAUGGACCAUCAGUGCUUGAAGUUUUGGAGGACUAUUGUUGAUAAUUUAAUGACUCAUGACAAUACAACAUUUAAAGACUUAAUGAGCAGAGUUACAAUGACACAAAGUGGAAGUCUUAAUCUUUUUUCAUCCAGGGAACAAGAAUAUGAACAAAAGGCACAACUGUUAAAACGCUUAGCUUAUGUAAUAUUCUGUAGCGAAAUGGAUCAGUAUGCAAAAUAUAUGCCUGAUAUUCAAGAACAAUUAACAACUAGUUUGAGGAUAAAUGUGCCCAAUAUACAGGCACAAGUGUUCCUUUGUUUUCGUGUUAUAUUGAUUAGAAUGAGUCCAAUUCACGUGACGUCUCUGUGGCCUAUAAUCAUCAGUGAGAUGUUGCAAGUAUUUCUUCAAAUUGAGCAAGAAUUGUCCAAGUCCUCGGAUGAAUUCAGGCCCGUCAACAACAGUGCUCACUUGAAACUAAUGUCAACCUUGGAUGCAAGUUGGGCAACAAACAGCAGCAAUGGAUUACACGCCUUGGGUCACCCUCACUAUUUGAGAUUGCAGUUAUCUACUGCCAAACUAUUGGAUUUAGCAUUGUUGUUGCCAGCUACCACCCUCCCACAGUUUCAAAUGUAUCGAUGGGCCUUCGUUGGGGACGACCUGGACCGCUUGAAUCAAUCAAAUCAAAUAUCGUUUACUCCGCAUGUUCAUCGGAUAGCCGAGUUAAUGGAGAAACGUUUCACUGAUACCCCGAUUGAAACACUUCCUUUAAAACGGAACGAACUCUUACUUAAAAUGAACACAAUCACGCAAUUGAAGGAUUUACAUGGCUUCUUUAAGACAUUGAGCUUAUGUUCUAACAGACAUCGAACUGAGUGCAGCCGAGUCAUAUCUAAUGAUUAUACUUUGUCAGACAGACAGUCCGAUAGGAAGUUGGAUUUGAUUCUUGAAAAAAUUGAUAAAGUUAUAGAAGAAGACUUUCUUGACAGGAUACCCAGAUAAUUUCGCUUAUGAUUAUCCAAAGAGAUCAGUAUUAAAUGCAAUGCAUUUCAUAGGAUUUUAAAUUAUGUAUAUUCAUUAAUUCUUUAUAAAUAUUUUUACUUGUUUACACACACUUAGGUUGUUUAUAUAUUAUAUUGAGUUAAAUGAUAAAAGUUAAUAUAUUCAAAUAUUUAUUUUAAGAUGUACCUAAUUUUGUUUUAUUGUUGAUUUGCUGGUGCAAUUUUAUUGUAAAUAAUAGAAUUUAUAAGAUUGUGAUUUUAUAUUGUGAUGUAACUAAGAACGUCGGCAAAUUUUGCCUAAUUGUUGUGCUAUGUGUAUUUUAACAACUUUCAAAUGUAGUUAAUUAUACAUUUUGCUACAGUAAUAAAUUAUGUUGGGAUAAA